AUGUCUGAUAAUGCAAUACGUGAAGCAAUUCGCGACCUUCCGCGGGAUCUCACGCAAACGUAUGAACGGAACCUACUCAAGUCCAGCUCAAGCGACUGCAAGGGCUACCACAUUAGAGUUUUCAAAUUACUCGUUGGCGCUAGAGAACCUUUGAAGACAGAGCAGCUACGAGAGGCUGCCAGUGUCAAGACCGGACACACCAUUUGGAGUCAACAGCAGCAGAUCAGCAACAUCCAGGCAGCUCUGAGGUUCUGUGGCUGUCUCGUGAUGGUUGACGAAGAGGAUGACACAGUCAGGUUCAUCCAUCACAGUGCUCGAAGUUUCUGCCUCAACUCACCCAGAAAUGCAGCAGAAUGGACCUUUACUGAGAGGGAAGCCAAUCUUGCCAUUGCUGAGACAUUGGUGACCUAUCUCAGCUACAAUAUCUUUGACACCAGGCUGUCUAAGAACGUCAUCCCUAAAAUUGAUGCCAACGGCAUGCCUGCAAAGGUUAUGUUGAGCACAAUGACAAAACGCCAGAUUGGGAGUCGCGUCACAAGCAAGCUGUUCAGAUUCAAACCUCAACUUCAACAGAAUAUCGGCCCAACUCUCGCUGAACUUGGCCCCAGUUAUCAAGAGAGCCAUGUGCAAGAAUUCUUCUUGCUUUCAUAUGCCAAGAGUAACUGGAUUCGGCAUACUGCGCAAUUAGAGAGUCUUCCGUCGCUGCCCCAUUGGUAUCAUUUGCUGGAUCAUGCUACCUUUGGGAUCAAAAGCAAUGAUAUUGAUGAAGCUGUGCGAAAAUUUGCCGAUCAUAUCGGCAGUAGCAUAACCUUAUCCCCUUGGAACUCAUUAUUAUAUGCACACCCACGGAUGGCUUGGGCAAUUUUCAAUGGCCACAUUCUUCUUCUCAGACACGAGAUCAUCAAGUAUCGUGGAGUAAGGAAGCUACAGGCUUUUGUUACGCUUUGGCUUCUUUUAGUGAACCUUCCAGAACAUGCCCUUUCACAUCAACUAGACUAUCAUCUUGCUAGGUGGUUAUGUCUGAUGGCUAUUCGCCUAGGUACAAGUCAGCCAGUGAAGAUGCUCCUUUUACGUCGGCUUUCAGCUUCUGAUGAUUGCUUUAUUGAAUUCGCUCGCGAAGCUAUACUUUCUUCUGACGCUGAAGCCUUUACCUUUUUCCUGAAUCGUUUCACGACGGAGGAUGUUCAGCAUUUCAAAAACAAUGCAUAUCUAAUAGAGUGGGCAAUAUCAUCUGGAAACGCAACAAUGCUCUAUCUUCUCGUAGGCAAAGGCCUAGCUACAGAUCCCAUCGUCAACGGGCGUGGCAUUACUCAAGCGUUGAAACUCAACGUUCCAGAUGAACUCAAGUUUCGCUUAGUAAAUGGUCUUUUUCGUACUGCUUUCGACGUAGGUACCCUUGGAGAAGACGAGCUUUAUGGAGCGAUUGCACUGUUUCGUUAUCGUACCAGCCUCCAAAACGUGUCCCAUACAUUUCGAAAGGUGUUGGCCUCGAGUAGCCGCAUAUCUAGCCGAAAAGAGGAUAUCCUUUUGCGCAUGGCAUGCAUAUGGGAACAUGAGGAAGAGACUCUAUUUCAAUUCUUAGAUACUACUGAUGCGAGUACAUUGGGAAGAGGCUGUCUCGACAUUGCACUUCGUGGUCCUUUCAAAGACCGAAGGAAACUCAUCUGGACUCUUCUUAAUUUCGGUGCUCAGGCAACUACUGAAGUAGUGGACCGAGCCUUGGAGUUACGAUAUUGGAACCUUGCAUUACAUUUCCUCACAAAGAUCAAACCUAAUUUCUCGUAUCCUUAUUUGUACUCUGCUACCACUAGCGAUUCGGUAGCUACCAUCGACUCAUUCCUCAACAAUGCUGAGCUCAAAAAGGACCUGCAUAUUGACAUACCACAGCAAUGUCAGUUGCCUAUCGUGCAAACAUAUGGUUGGGCGAAAUGGCAGUUCUACUUCGGACCUCCAUUUGUUGGAGAUGGGUACUGGGGAGCGCUUGGUGCUCAAACCCGCGGCCUUACCGACAACAUACAUUCACAGCUCACCACGACGCAGGACCCCAGUAAUGCGCGGUUCUCUAGCCAAUUUAAAAACAACCGGAGCGACAUGACACUGGCUGUUGAGACAACUGUAUUCAUGACGGGUCUACAAAACCCACUACGACCCCAGACCCCGUGCUUGAGACUUAGUACCCCAAGCAGCUUCGAAGUUAUUUCCGCACUCACCAGAAGAUGGCAAUCAAUAUCGGACAGCCUUGCCUUGCUGGAUACCGACGAAAACUCCGUCAUGAUGACCCAUUAUGAGAAUUACUAUCCGAUUUGGGAUAGCAUAAGUCGAAACAAUGACUUCGGUCGCUGGUUGCUGCCAGACUCAUUCUGGGACACUCCAAAGAUUCGGCGACUCGUUGAACAGCGUAGGUAUCUGACGCGUAGAAAUGACGAAGACGCCCAUUGGGGAUUACAAAUUCUAAGCAAAUGCCUUGCUUUGUUUUCGAAUCUACCGCCUGGAUCGACCCUAGACGCCGUGGACGAGGUAGGACUAUCCUUUCCGUCGAAACCCUACGAAUGGCCACAGUUUUCAGGAAGACUCUUGUCCAACCCAACCUACAUGGCUCUCCGCAUUCAAUGGCUAAGGACUUUGGGAGUCAUGUUCAACAAAGGGCUGCUUACAAAGUGGAAUAUUACUGAGCAAUUGUUAGUAGAAAUGGGUAGUAUGGUUGAGGUCCUGCCUGGAAUGAUUGACAUGUACCCAGGGCUUGCACAUCGUCUUGACGACCAUUCCACUAUGCCUGAGACUCUCGAAGCAGCCUUUCUCGGUGCUGAGGGCAGGGAGGUUCUCGCAAGUCUGGUCCGUCAGAUUCGCAACUGGGCUAUAAAUGUUUGCUUGUGGAUUGAAACAGUGGACACAGGAAUAUUCAUGUGGUCUAUGGGUGAGAACGCUCCUCUAUCGUUCAUAAGGGCAUUCCAAUCAUUUCUCGAAGUGGGUGUCUUUGAUGAAGACAUGGAGAUGCUAGAACGAUCACUGGAUGUUGCUAGGGGGAAAGUACCAGAGCUAGAGUGA